AUGGUGAUUAGUGCAUUGCUGCAUUUGUCAGGUGAUCUCCAAUGGCUCUUGUUGCGUAAAUCUUCCUCUUUCAUUCGCCCAAGUGCACCAGGUUCCCACAAGUUGUCUUCUGAGCCUGGUAACUUGCUCGCAAACCACUCUUACAAGUACUCUUCAACCAUCAAUGGUCAAAAGGCUCUUGGUGUCAACCCACACGACAAGGGUGCUGUAAUCGUUGCUCGUAAGACCAAGGCCCCAGUCAACCAAUGGAACAAGGGCUUCGCUAAGACCCAAGUCACUGGAGGAAAGCGUCGUGCUUACAAGUCAACUGCCAAUGUUGUUGCUACUACUCGCCCAGAUCUUGUCAAGCCAGCUGUUGCUAAGGUUUCAGCCAUUUACGCUUCUAAAGGCCAAAAGAAGGAUGCUCCAGCCAAGAAGGUCCGUGGCAAGAAGGCACAAGCCCCAUUGCCAGCUCCAAAGGCCGAGUAA